UUAAGCAAGACUGCAGGCACAGGUGGAGAAUUCCCGCUUAGCAAAUGCAACUGGUCUAGCCAACUAAAAUGUCAAGACAAAGAAGCGAACGUCAAAUUGUUCAUUCAUUCUCUACUUUUCACCAUCAUUCUGGUCCCCAUUUGAUUCAAACUGGCAGAUAAGGAUAAGCGACCUAACCUUUUUGAAUAGAUGGGGAUCACUGCAUUGCUGUAGAGGCGAACGGGCAAGGCAAAAUGUACAACUUACGACUAGGAGCAAAGAGAGGGAGAGAUGAAGUAGAAAGUGCAAAUAAGAAACCAAAAGAAGAGCAAAAUGAGCAGUUAGAGACAGCAUGCGGCACAACAACAGAUGACAGCCAAUUAGUCCCUGUCACAAGACCGGAAUUCUUGAAAGCAUAUGCAAUCAAAGGUAUGGAGAAUGUGUAUUACAAGCAUAAUUGGAUACCUUCCACUUUGGCACAUCAAUGGAGACGUGAAUUGAAUGAUUUAUUGGAAUGGUAUCGACCAAAGCUAAAAGUGUAUGGACGUGAAAUUCAACAAAGUCGAAAGAUUGCCGCUUUCAGUACGAAUGAAGGAAUGAAAUUAAAGUAUAGCGGUCAUGAUGUUGAAAUGCAUUCACCUUUUCCACCUCUAGUCGAAAAGAUUGCUGCUAGAUUGGCAACAGAUGAAUGUUUGGGAAAAGAAGUGAAAUUCAAUCAUUGCAUGUUAAACAUGUACGAAGAUGGCAGUAUCAAUAUUGGCAAGCAUAGCGAUAAUCUUGAAAAUAAAGUCAUCGUUACCGUUUCAUUAGGAGCGGAAAGGACUUGGAUAAUGGAAGAAAAGAUUAAAAGGAAGAAAGAUGCAAUGGGAAAUAAGGAGAAAGUACAACCAAAGAAGUUUAAAUGGACACUUGGCAAUGGUUCGCUUUUAGUGAUGCAAGGUGAUGUACAGAAAUUGUAUACGCACGAAAUACCAAAAGAGCCCAAAAUCAAACAACCGCGGAUUUCCAUCACAUUUCGACAAUUAAUCUACUGAUUGGAUUGCUGGGAGUAUACUGUAUCAUAUCUUAUCUGCUUAUUUGUAUCAUAUCUAAUCAAAUUUGAAAUCAAUCCUUCUCGAGAAGGUGUUGGAGAACACAGCUCCCAU